AUGCCUUUCACGUCUAGAACUCUGGAUCGAGAAAUGGAUUUGGAGUUAGGAUUUCUAGGACUUAGCCUCUUAGAACCCAUCAGUUUGGUAAUCGGGUCGGGUCCAUCCAAAAGGUUUUCUCCCCCAGUUUUGGCGCGGCGGAAGGCGUCUUGUUUGAAACGGUGUCAGGUUCGUCAACACAGAAGGAUUCUCGAUUCUCGAAGAUCAGAAAAUCUUUCAAAACUUCAGAAUAUGGAAGACGACCCUUUUGAUUUCGAGUCGGAUGCUCUACUCGCAUCUUCACCCGUUGUCGCCCCCAAAAAAAGGAAAAAAGUGAUUGGUCUGGAUGAUUUACUAGUGGAUCACUACAAGGAGAAGAAUAGGGUAAUCGAAAGAGAAUCAAAAAUAGCUAAAACCAAAAAAACCUACAACUCUGAUGAUGACGAAGACGGCAGAGUUGCCAAAUUAUCUAAAUACGUUGACGAAUGUCAUGAAAAGAUGACAAAACUAAGUGAUGAGGAUGAUGUUUCCAUUUGGGGUCUUCAAGUUUUUGGGAACCAGAAAUCCCCACCUUCAUUUGAAUUUACCAAUCUUCAAAGUUGCUCCAUUUUUCAUUCUUUUUUGAACCAUGAAGUGAAUUCAUUGGUUGAGCUUAGUACCAAAUCAGGAGAAACAUUCUUUGAGGGUUUAUUGACUAAUGGCUGGCUAUUGAAAUUGGUCCAAAAAUAUGGCAAAGUAGAGAAAUCCAUAGCAACAUGGACUUUUCACUUGAUGUUGUACUCAUCAAAGGAAGCUCUCAGAAGUGCUGCAGUCAACUUUUGGUGUGCAAUUUUGCUAAAAAAUGAGGGUGAAUCAUUGUCUUUAAAGAUUGAUUGGCUUCCAACUUAUUUGGAACUCAAUGUUGCCCUUGAAACUUAUGGAUAUUUACUGAAUUUACCUAAAAAAGAUUCUUGUGAUACUGAAAUGGACCUUGGAGAUUCUGAACACGUGGGCCCACCUCAAAACAUUAGAGCAUGGAUCAAAUACAUCUCUACUUGUAGCCAAACAAGGAAUUUUCAUUUUGUUUUCUCCACAUCAGAAGUAGAAGAGUUGGUGGUUGUUAUAAUUCGUCUUAUGUUGGAUCGACAAUUACUAGGCUUGUCUAUGGAUUUAUAUGAAUGUAUGAUAUCUUUGAUUAAUUUUUUCAAAGAUGAAGAAUGGAGUGCCAGCUGUACAAAAAUAUCAAAAUCCAUUGCUUCAAGGAUUCCUUUGGACAUCAAUUGCUUGAGAGCUGUUGAGUGUAUCCCUUCAGUUUGCUUGCACUCCAAGCAACUUAGAAGUGAAAUUGCUUUCCGAUUUCUUCUAGGCUAUCUUGACAAGACAUUGUUGAAUGAAAUGUGGGGCCUCUAUCUACGCAAUUGUUGUUGUCAAAUCAACAUUACCGACACAAGGUCUUAUGCUUCAAAGGUUCGAAGUAAAGCUUCUUAUCUUGUUCAAGUCACGAGUGAUACAAUGAUAGUGUAGUUUUAGUCAUAUGCUAAUUUGUACUUGGUGUUGAUCUUUCAAAGGGAUUUGUAAAGUUGUUAUGAGCCAUUUGACUUACGUUGGUUUUGUAGUUAUGGUAGAUGAUGUACUUUGAAAAGUGUUGGCAUGUAUACUUUAUGAUUGAAGAUGAUGUAUUGUUUCUGCAACAGGGUUUGUUUUAGAACUCUUGAGAGCAUUAUAUAAGAGGCUAAUGUCUAUAAGAAGUUCAAU